AUGGCAACACUGUCCCGUGACACGUUGGUUGAUUCGCAAAAUGCCAGCCAGUACCUCGGGCUCAACUCUCGGAACGGAACAUCUGAACUUGGAGAACUGUCUUCGGGCGUACCGAACCUCGGAGCAGUCGCUGGAGUCGGAGGCGAAGAUAUGGCCUCGCUGUGGGCGUCCUACGCAAUGGGACUCAAGAAGACACCACCACCUGCCUCCUCCUGUACGCCAUCGCGGUCAGAUCGCGACCGCGAGUCCAGUCCCACUGGUGGAGAAGGUGCUGGAAGUGCUCAGGAUGAAACUAGCAGCAGCGGAAACAAGGAAGAUGAGGAUGAUGAUGAUGAGGAUGUUGAUGAGCGACUCGAUCCCCGGCACCACGAUCCUGAACGUCUUAAGGCUUUUAAUAUGUUCGUCAGGCUGUUCGUCGACGAGAACUUGGACCGCAUAGUGCCAAUCUCGAAGCAGCCCAAGGAGAAGAUCCAGGCGAUUAUUGACAGUUGUACCAGACAGUUCCCCGAGUUCGCAGAACGCGCGAGAAAGAGGAUCAGAACGUACCUCAAAAGCUGCAGGAGGAACAAGCGCGGGAGAGAAGGAGCACCUUGGGACGCGGCGAGACCGACGCCGGCUCACUUGACCUCGGUGCAGGCGGAGCAAAUUUUGGCAACGGCUUGCGAAAAUGAGAGCGACAACGCGAAACGCAUGAGGCUGGGUCUCGAGCCGGUCUCACAGCCCAUGCCCACACUGCCAGCGGCCACGCAACAGCAACACCGUAAUCGGCAACAGCUUUGUGAUUACGCGGAGGAUGAGCAGCGACAGCAGACAGACGUCCGGUCGAGCCUGGAACACUUUGCGAGCACGCCGAUAAAAUCCCUGCCGGGAAAAAGAGAGGACACGCCGCCAACUUCGAUGACAUCCCUCGCGCCGCUGACUAGUUUGGCCAGUUUACCGAACAGCACCCUCGCCUCGACGCCCCUGUCGCUUGCGCCAACAUCUAAACUAUUGACGUCCACCGACAACAAGGGUCUUAUGAGCCAAGCGACGAUAGUUAGCUCAUCAGCGGUAAACGGCGUAGCAAGUGGCGGAGCACCCACCGCGAUGUACAGACCCAACUUCAGCCAGGCAUUCCAGCGUGCUGGACCUACCAACGUACCGCCAACUCUAUCCGCAGGGCUCUAUCCCACACAGAGCUUCACCUCUGGACUCCUAAGCAACGGUACACAAAGACCAACUGACCUGAGUAUGAAGAACACAAAGCCUCUACUUAGUCACAAAUUAAACGCCACCGAGAUGACUGCUGUGAGGCAACUGAUAACCGGGUACCGAGAAUCGGCAGCAUUUCUGCUUAGAUCCGCUGAUGAACUCGAGCAGCUGCUGCUCCAGCAGCCACCAUGUUAA